GCGCGGGCCCGCCCGGCCCGUCAUUAAAGGCUGGGCUGAGCUGGGGGCAUGGCCGGAGCCGCGGGAAGCGCAAGGAGCAGGCGGUGCCAAUGCCGGCCCGGCUGUAGCGGGGAGCAGCCGCUGCAGGAGCGGGGACGCCCCAUCCCGCUGAAGUUAGCGCCUGGGCCAGCCCGGGCAGGGGACUCGCCGCCCCUGCGCUCCGCCGGCUGGGGCUGCCGCGGCGAGCCGGAUGCCGCCCGGGGAGCUGGAGAGAGGGCGGCGCAGCGGCUCCCCGGCCCAGCCGCCCCCGCUCGCGGCCGCGGGCCGGCGCUCGUGCCGGGUGCCCAAGUGCGCGCGCUGCAGGAACCACGGCGUGGUGUCCGGCCUGAAGGGCCACAAGCGGCUGUGCCGGUGGCGGGACUGCGCCUGCGCCGCCUGCCGCCUGGUGCUGGAGCGGCAGCGCGUGACGGCCGCGCAGGUGGCUCUGCGGCGGCAGCAGCGCGCCGGCCAGGUUAAGAAAGAUGAAGAUGAACAUUCUCUGCUAUCAACCAGUUGCAGAUUAAACUAUCAGCACUAUCCCAAGAAUACCAGCACCUGGGCCAAAAGCAUACUGGCAGGGUAUAAACCUCCUUCACAGGAAACCCAAGUCCUCUUUUCUAACCUGAGUGAGAGAAUGCGAAAACGAAGAACAUUUGCAGAUAAAGAGCUGGAAUGCAUAAUGCUGGAGAGAGAACUUAGGCAGAGAGAACUAAAGGAAUUAGCUGUAGCUCAAAGUCUACAAAGACCAAAUGAAGACUUUUUACCAGGCACAGAAACAAACCCAUUUAGGAUUGGACACAGCCAGCUUUGUGACUCAACAUAUUUUAACCACAAUUUGAUAAAUGUUUGGUUUCCUUUGAUACAUUCAAGCACUAUGCUUUAUCAGACUAGAGAUUUUUUCCUGCCAAAUGUAACUACUUUUACAUCGGGUCAAAUCGAAAGUAACCUUUUACAGAAAUAUACCUUUACUAAGAAUGCAGAGAAAUAUGCACAAAUGCGUAAGGAGCUGGCUCAGGCCAAUAUUUUAUCCAAAGAACUUGGAUCCUUUCAGAGCAAUUUGAGAUUGAAGGCAAUAAAAACACAAGCAAGUUUUGAAAAUGGUAAAGAACAUUUUGUGACCAACGAGAAGCAGGGCAUUGGCUCAGAAGGUUUUAUCUUACAAAAUGAUCCUUCCAUACCAGAAAAACAGCAUGUGAGCCAACAUGUGAAAUAUAAGUGUUCUGUGGCAAAGGAGAACCUCAAACACUUGGCUAGAAUAUCCCAAGAGUGUUAUUCAGAAAUGAAAAUUAAAAAUCAGAGUUUGUCAUUUUCAGUGGAAUCCUUGUUAAAAGUCUAAACAGGUAUUCAGAGCCCAGUUCUACUUCUUUGGAAUUCAAUGACAAAAUCUUACUGACUCAGUGUAUCAACUGAGUGCCUGAUUCUCUAACCCUUUCUCACAUGAGUAGGCCCAUUGACUUGAGUCUGAUCAUCAUGCUCCCAAUGAAGUCAAUCAUCCAAUCUUUAGUUGGAGUCCAAAUGGGACUACUUGUGAGAGUAGCAAGGUCAGGCUCAAUGUUGAAGAUAUUAUGUUUUUUCUUUACUUUACUCGCAGUCAGCACUCUGAAUCUAUGUAAUAUUAUUUUAAGAGUCUGUUAUUCUAACAAUGUAUGUUUGUAUAUAAAAUAGUCGUAGUUUUAAUUUCUUUAUUUAAAAUAUCAAAAUAUAUAGAACUACUGUAGAUUUUAUAAUUUUAAACUAAACGUAUUGGGGUAAUAUUUUGGCUUUUUAAAAAUUACUUGUUAGUGCAUGUAUUUUGCAAGACAGUGUAAAUGGGUGUGUUUUGUAUACUGAAUAAAAGUGAUAAGAUUUCA